AUGCCUCUGAAAGGACUUGGAAGGCAAGGAGGCGUGAAACGGCGCCAGCCGCCUGGAAAAGCUGGAAAAGGUGGCCCAGUACCUAAGAAGAGAGGGUUUGGCCCAAGAUUCGUGAACCAAAGAGUUGCAGAUAUCGAGGAAUCAGAUACUGAUGCAUCAGAAGAUGUACCUCCCUCAGAUGAAGAAUCUGAGAGCAAUAUUAGCGAUUCAGAGGAGGAGCAGCCGGCAUCAAAUGCCUACGCUGCUCUGAUGCAAAGCUUCGCAAAGGAAUCCGCCCCUCAAGCUAAACGGCGAAAACUGGGUCACACCGCUGAAGAUGGUCAAACGACAAAUCUCCAUGAGCCAGAGAGCGAGCCAGAAGAGGAUCGAGAUGUAGACCUGGUGGAGGAACCUGAAGAAGGGCCUGAGGAUGAAGUAGAGAUUGACAGUGACGAUGAUGACGUCCCUGAUACCUCAGAUCCCUUCGAGACGCACUUCUCCAUGCCCGACCAGACGGAACUUACGAACAGACUCAAGGCAAUCAAAGCCAAUGACUACUCGUCGCACCAGUAUGAGCUCAACAAGUGGAGGCUUGUGAGAAGUUUACCUGGUAAAGAAGCCGCACAGUCAACUCGAGCAUUCCCGAAAAUGUCAGGGCCAGCCGACCUCAAGCUGAAGCAGAAGUUGGCGGAAACCGCAAUGGAGAAAUUGCCUGCUUUCAACCCCUUGGAACAAGUGUUAUAUCCUGCGACCUUCGGCUACAGCGAUCUGCUGUUCUGUGGCCGAACAACCAAGAACGCUGAUAGUUUGCGUCAAAUGGUUGUCUUACAUGCCGUCAACCACAUUUUCAAGACUCGUGAUCGAGUCAUCAAAAACAACGCUAAGCUGGCCAAAGAAAGCGACAACACGGAAUUCGAACCCAGAGAUCAGGGAUUCACUAGACCAAAGGUGUUGAUGCUCCUGCCAACAAGACAAUCUGCCGUCAACAUGGUCAACACGAUAUGUUCAAUUUACCCUCCAGACCAGCAAGAGAACAGGAAGCGAUUCGACGAUUCGUAUCUCGACAAGGAUGCAAAGUUCUCGGCGGAUCGACCCGAAGACUUCAGGGAACUGUUUGAGGGAAAUGAUGAUGACAUGUUUCGUCUUGGCGUGAAAUUCACCAGAAAGACGAUCAAGUACUUCUCCCAGUUCUACAACUCAGACAUCUUGAUAGCGAGUCCCUUGGGUCUGCGCAUGGCGAUUGGGUCAGAGGAGGACAAGAAGAAACUGGACUAUGAUUUCCUCAGCUCCAUUGAGAUGGUCAUUGUUGAUCAAGCAGACGCUCUUCUCAUGCAAAACUGGGAACAUUUCGAGUUCAUCUUCGAGCAUCUCAACCUUCAACCCCGCGAAGCCCACGGAUGCGAAUUCACUCGGGUGCGUGAAUGGUACCUUGAGAAGCAAGCUGAGAAUUUCCGUCAGACUAUGAUCUUCUCGGCCUUCAAUACGCCUGAGCUUUCAGAACUGCAUCGGCAGUGUCAAAAUUGGGCCGGAAGGGUCCGCGUACAACCCGAGUAUCCAGGCACCAUCCAGGAGAUCGGAGUGAAAGCUAAGCAGACGUUCUCGCGCUUAGAGGCUACUUCGAUUGCAGCUGAGCCAGAUGCACGGUUUGCGUACUUCACAGGGGCCAUCGUGCCAGCUUUGGUGAAGCGAGCAAGAGACAUGAGUGGUACACUCAUUUUCGUGCCGUCAUAUCUCGAUUACGUGCGUGUGCGGAAUUAUUUCGCCACUUCACCCGCCGUGGCCAACUUGACUUUUGGUACCAUCUCCGAGUACGCAGACGUCCCUGAGGCUUCUCGGGCAAGAUCGCAUUUCCUGAAUGGACGGCACAAGGUCCUGCUUUACACCGAAAGGGCCCACCAUUUCCGCCGCUACAUGCUCAACGGUGUCCAGAGAGUCAUCAUGUAUGGUCUGCCAGACAACCCGAUCUUUUACAAGGAGAUCGCGGGCGGUUAUCUGGCCAAGAGUGAGCGCGAUUCCAGAAUCGAGCCGGGUACUGGCGCGGUGAGAGUCCUGUUCUCCAAAUAUGAUCUUUUGAAGCUGGAACGCAUCGUGGGCUCGAAACGGGUAGGAAAAAUGAUACGGGAGCGAGGCGAUACCUUUGACUUCAUAUAG